CCGUCGCUGGUCAAUUUCGUGUUGACAGCCGUGAUGGUCACUGAAAGGUGGCCGACGUCAUCAUCUCCUCGACGGGCCUCAUAUUCCGGACGGACAUGGACCACAACAACAUGCAAGCAAAAGCCUUCAUCAACGCGAAUCUCUUCGACGCAUAUGACGUCAAUGAGGAGCUUCUCGAUGGGCCAGGCGCGCUCGACGACGAUGACUCAGAGGAAGAGGAGGACGAAAGCCCAGCGCAAAUACGGACCAAGGUCGUCGUGCUGUCGCUUCGCGAUCUCCUCAUCUGUCUCGACAUGUACGGCGGCGGCACGAGCAGCAUGUCUUCGACAUCGUUCUCCCGGAAUGGCGUCCCACCGAGGCAGCCCUACGACAGAGACGAUGAUGACCCGUUCCUUGACGACGGCGCCAGCAACCGAAGAGGAGGUUAUGGAGGCUAUCAAAGCGAAGGCAGAUCAAGGAGCGCCCUGUCCAACGGCGCUGGGUCGUCUCCAAAGACUGCCGUCAAGAUUGUCUAUGAUGGUCAAGGCAGCCCCUUUAUGAUCCAACUCGACGAGGGCAAGAGAGUGACGACCUGUAAGCUGGUGACGAACGAGCCACAGGAGGGAGAUGAAGUCGGCUUCUCAGAUGAGGACAAGAUUGUCAGGGUGGUCCUGGAGUCCAAGGAAUUUGCUGAAGCGAUACGAAGCAUCGAUCCCUCAUCCAGGUCAAUCGAAGUUGGCUUCUUUCCCCGAUUCCCAAUCGCCGUCAAGCGUCCGCACGCAAAGCGGCGGGGCAUCCAAACGACGACAACUGCACGAGAUGGCAAUGGCCACCUGCCGAGCGAAGACGAUACGGUCGUAGAGUCUUCGGGUGUUGCCAUGGCUCGCAGCAGCGCUGUCCAACUGGGCGACCCAGACUGUGACAUUGUUCGAAUGAUGAGACUGACGGCCGAGGGGGACGCCGGCUCAGCAGAGGUGCAGCUGCCCUUCGAUGCGGCGAAACCACUCAGCGAGCAGCUCUUCACGACCUUUGAGGCCGACAUCGAUACAAAGGCAAACUACCACUUCAAGUACUUUGCUCACGCAUACACGGCCCUCUCCACGGCAAGCAAGACGUCGAUUCGCCUUCAGCCCAACGGAGUCAUGUCGAUCCAGUGCAUUUUCCCUCCGAGCACUGACGAGCGCGUGCCCGUGGAAGAGGAGCUGACCAGAAACGGCUUCGUCGACAUGUUGAUCGCACCGCUAGCCAGCGACGAGGACGGGCUAGAGUAGACGAUCGUGCACAGUACUGUACCAUAGCAAGCACCAGACCAGGCCAGAAACACCAGCAACGUGCAAAUGUACGAAAAG